GACACCAACUGUCCCAAACGUCAGAGCGCACUUAACUAUAAAUCUUUCCAAACUGCUCUGUGCGCCUGGUUCAGACAUCUGUCUUGGUUCAGUCCAGUAUGAGGACAACACGCGUGCAAACCCUGCUACAUAGAUACUAUCUGGCCUAUAGAAAAUGGAGAAUAAACACCCCCAUCUGUGUUGUUUACCGUGUCAAGAUAUUGUAAAAUGUUGGCGAGUAUGAAUUUGUAGCACAGUUCUGGAUAUAACGGCGCUUUAACAAUUUUACCAAGAGAGACCAGAGCUUUUUGCACUCUGGGAAACAGAUACUGAACACUGCUUGCGCCUCUCUUCUGCGCUGGAGACGCUGUCUUCAUUGGAAUCCUUUCAGUCGAAGAUGGUGGAUCUCUCUCGGAUUUCCAACGUGGAAACGUAGCAUCCAAUUAAUCAGAGACUGCAAUUGUGGCGUCUUCAACACCUACAGUACCUUUGGACUCCGAAGUGUGGAAAGGACGCACGGGUUGGUUCGUGCGCUGGAUCGGAAUAUGAAAAUCACACCUGGUGCUUUAUUUCAGCUUUUUUUUUCUAUCUGGACAUAAACUGAAUUCUAACUUAUUUUGAGGACACCUGGGACUGUUGUUAAAACGCUUCGUGCAGCUGAUUCAGCUUGUGACUCUAAAUGAGUUGCGUUUUCUGUUUGGAUUUUAACAGCAACAGAAAGCGAGUUUCUGGUCUGCAUGGGCCAUAUUUAAGUUUUUGUCAUAGGAACUGAGUCUAAGAUGAAGUUAUGGGAUGUUUUGGCCAUGUGUUUGUUGCUCCUGAGCUCUGUUGCUACACGGCCUCUCUACCAAAACACUCAGCCAGCCAAAAGGACUUCUUUCCCCAGCAGCUACAGUGAUUCUGUGUCCCUGUCUGUGGAGGACGAAGAACCAAGUUUUCAGCCUGAAGACCACAACCUACAGGGGAUUUCAAUGGAGGAUCAAUAUGACACUGCAGAGCCCUAUCCUGAACAGUUUGAUGAUGUAAUGGAUUUUAUCGAGGCUACCAUUGGCAGACUCCGGAGAUCGUCAGAGGUCAAUGGAGGCUCCAGGGGACGGAGGGAACAGAGACAGAGGGGAGCAGCAAACACAGGAGGCACGAGAGGCGAGGGUAAAGGACAUGGCGACAGGAGGCGGGGUCGGGGGCGAGGGGGAAGUCGGGGCGGUAAAGGAGGCCGAGGUGAGAAAGGGAGGGACAGGAUAUCAGUGCAGAGUCGAGGCUGCUUACUAAAGGAGGUCCACCUCAAUGUAACGGACUUGGGUCUGGGCUACCAAACUAAAGAAGAGCUGAUCUUCCGGUACUGCAGUGGCCCCUGCGUGGAGGCAGAGACCAACUAUGACAAGAUCCUGAACAACCUCACACACAACAAGAAGCUGGUGAAGGAUACGCCCUCGCGUACCUGCUGUCGACCAAUUGCCUUUGAUGAUGACUUAUCUUUCUUGGAUGACAAUGUAGUGUAUCACACCCUGAAGAAGCAUUCUGCUAGGAAGUGCGGCUGUGUAUGAGGAAUCCACUUGGAUCUGUCAAAAUGACAGGCGUGACCAGCAACAGUGAACUAAGGAUUACUUUUAGAUGCUGGUGCUGCAGAGUGAUCACUGUUGGACAUGGGCAUAAGAAGUCAAGGAGAGAGUGCAUUGAGUCACAUUUUGUCAGUAGUCAUCAAAGGAGACAGGUGAGUAUAUUGAGGCUACUUCUGUGACAUGACAGGCACUGGAAGAUCUGAUACAAAAAGCAAACUGGUCAUUGAACUCUGACAGUUCUUACCAAGUCCUCCAGAUCCUGUGACAAGUAUCUGACCGUUCAAUCGUCACAUGCAGAAUUGUGUCAGGUCGGCAUCAAUAUGCAGAAGAAUCAGUACUGCUACACUUUACUACCAGAUUUGUUAACUGUGCUGCCUAAAAAGGUGAGAGUGAAGAAAAGGUUCAGAUUAAGUUGGCUUGUUUGCUCUGGAAGAAUCUAUUUUCCCAGGAACAUCAGUUUUUCCAUAGCUGGCUCCUAACACUCCAGACAAACAUGGAGGUUUCAGGAGUACAUUCAGCUGCAGUUUAAAUCACUUCCACUACAUAGUCUGGAAGCUGACAUUCAGAGCAAGGAGAUGAGAAAUACCACACCGGGGUU